AUGACAUCUGCUUUGAGAGUUCUGGUAUGCGGAGAUCAUCCGAACCUCAUUCUAUACACCUCCAGAUUUCAACACGCCAAGAACAUAGAGUUUUACCUUGUAGACAACUCAGUGAAUGCUUCCUACGAGAUUAAUUCCCUAUUUUAUGGGACAGAACGGUUUCAGAUUCAGAACCAUUUCCAAUCCCUUUCGGAUUUGAUAGACCUAAACCGAAAUGGUGGCUUGGUAUUCGAUUUGGUCAUAAUGAGUGCGUCUUCGUUACAAGAAAUUCCGCAAACGUUAAGAAACUUAAAACCAAUGAUAAAUAACACCACAAAGAUAUUGUUUGAAAGCAGUGGGUUUGUAUAUUUGGAGCCAUUUAUCAAAGCGUCAGUUGAUCUGCCGCUAUCAAACAUCUUUAGCAUUUUCACUGAUUAUGACGUCAGGCGCUUGGAUAAGAAUUCGUACAAACAGUUUGCGACUUCAAAUUCCAAAUCAUUUUCUAUUUCUAUUGGCCAAACAACUGCCAUACAGGAAAGUAGUUAUUCAAAAGAUAUUAUUCCAAUCUUAAAUACGUUUCAAAAAUUGUUUCAAAAAUUGUUUCCAAAGGACAUUGUUACCCUUUAUGAUUGUUCUCCUUUAACCUUCCUGACCAAGCAAUGGGAACUAGCCAUACCUCAAAUAUGUUUCGACCCAUUAUUGAUCAUAUUGGAGGAGAAAUCGCCAUCGAAUUUAGAUAAUAAUGUAUUGGCCAAACCUCUAAUCUCUGGCUUAUUAGACGAAACAUUAUCGCUUAUCCGGAAAAUGGGUAUAACCUUCACCAAUCCACACUUUCAAAGCGAGCAGACCAUACUAAAGUAUUGGAAGGAAAAGUACGAGGGAGUAUCUGACAUUCCUACGUUUUUGUACUAUUUCAUCCAUAAAUCCUCAUCUUUGAAUAUUGACCUGCUAUUACUGCAACCGAUAUUAUUGGCCGAUGAUUUUGGUAUUAAGACUCCAUACUUGGAAUGUUUGUUUACAAUGAUGUCCCAAUACCAAUUGUUGAACGGAGGUGAUUCUGAUUGGUUUAUCAGAAAGGAUGGUGACACAACACUUACCCAUACAAAUGAUUUUCAAAACGACAUUGCAUUAAAGGAUGGAAAAAUCAUGCAGCUACAAAAUCUAGAAAUAACCCUAAGAAGCCAAGUUAAGCAAUUGCAAAAUCAAGUGGUGAGCCUAAAACAGGAAAUUUCUUUAGGCAAAUCGAGCCACGAACAAGAACUGGAUAUUCUGCAAAAGAGAAUGCAAUCAAAAACAAAUGAAUUGCCUGACGGAAAUCUAUCAUGUGCCAAUACCAACGGUAUUACCAGCCCUGAAAACAUGACCAACAGUGAUGUGAGCUACGAAAAGAGCGACCAUGGUAACGGUAGUAUCAAUGAUAGCAGAAGACAGUCUUUUUUCAACUCGACAUCUGACACAACAUUGUCUAGGGAUGAAACUUCAUUGAAAGAACGUGAAUUGGAAGUGCGAAAGAAGGAAUUAGAACUUCAAGAACGCGAAUUAGAAUUACAAAAAAGAGUUCUUCAACAACAGCAGCAAUAUCAACAAAGGCCACCCAAACAGGCUUACAACGGCCCUCCUGGAACACCAACAGCCAAUAACAACAAUAAUAAUAUCAACAAUAAUAUCAACAAUAAUAAUAUCAAUAAUAAUAUCAAUAAUAAUAGCAAGGGUUAUAAUCCAAGUAGAAAAUCGUCCUACAGUCAACCUCAACACAUGGCUAUGAUGAGCAGCAGAAGUUUGCAUGGUCCAAACGUCUCAAGCCCUAGUCCCGCGUUUUCUGCCAAUAAUUUUGUUGAUCCAAUAUUUCCUGGGACAUCAUAUGCUGGCAAUAAUAGCAGGUUCAGCCAACAAGCGCCAUCACAGCAAUAUAUGCACCCUGUUAAACCUACAAGUAGGAAGAAUAGAAAUAGCGUUAUGCCAAAUAUAGGGUAUGUUCCAGGGAUAGCCAACAAUGAAUAUGGUAGGAAGUUUAAUGGGAACGCCAAUGCCGUUAAUGGUACUCAAAGUCGCUUAAAUUCCCUUUCUAACCAAAGCACAUUUAGAUCACAACAAGGGCUUCCUACACCACAGCAAAAACCUUUUUCAAACAAUGGCAGCAAUAAUAUAAGGGCGAAUCGAGUAUCAUCCGCGAACUACAAUAAUUUGAAUCAAAAACCAGGGUUUGUUAAUUCUGUUUCAAGUCCAAAUCUAAACAACUUUGAGAACAACAACAAUCAACAAAACUUUAGAAGUGUAGAUUCUGCUCCAUGUGUUAACCAGCUAAACAAUGGUUCUCAACACCAAUUACAACCACAGCCUCAGUUGAGCUCUACAAAUAUACCUCAAAUCAAUGUAACCCAACCAUCACCAAUAUUGAAUAACUUUACCACAAAUAAUGACCCUGCCCCAGUAGCGAAAUUCGGGAUCCCUUCUGAAGCUACGGUUACAAGUACAGCUACAAGCACUAAUAUAAGUGCAAUGACAGACGAAAACAGCAAAGAGGAAGUCAAGGAAAAGAAAAAGAAGAAAUUCAGCUUCUUCGGGAAGAAGAAAAAGUGA